AUGGGUCGAGGUGGUUUUAGAGGAGGUAGAGAUCGAGGACGCGGAGGAUGGGAGAGAGGCAGGGGAGGAAGGGCUGGUUUCUACGACGACCGCGAUCGCUUCGGACCUCGCAGUCGCUCUCAGGAAGGGCGAUGGGGCCGCGAUAGAGACGACCGCGACCGUGGCGACCGGUGGGUUGAUCCUGAAGUUCGCAGAGACCCUCGAGACGAACCUCGUGAUCCCCGAGACCGCGAGUUGCUGAGACCAAAGGUCGAUCGAGAACGAGACAGAGGCAUGUCUUCCCAAGCACAAUCGCCAAACACCAAAGACGUCUCUCCACCUCCGCUCGCCCCUUCAGCGCCAGCUUUCGGCACUGUUCCCAGUCGAAACGGCCCGGCCGACGGAUCACCCGUCAUUGGCGGCACCGGCAAACUUCCACCCACAGCCCCAAGAGCCUUCAACUCCGAACGACCCGUCUCUGCCGGACACGGUGGCGGAGGUAGCGGCGGAGAUUUCCCGGCCCCCCCUACCGGUCCAGCAAAAAUGAACCUGGUAGAGGGCAGCCCGCCUAUCCCCUCUGGUCCUCGUGCCCAGCAACAGAAACAGCAACGGCCGUCGAGUAAGCAGUGGAUAAAUCCAGCACUGGGGAAGAAAGGCCCCCCCGAGUCGCCCAAGAUUAUGAGGUCGCAGAGUUUUGCGCAACAACAACGCCCGGUACCCUUCCGUCAUGAAAGCGUACCGGCAGAACAAGGCGACAACGACCGGCGUCCACGCAGUAGUGAUGCGAAGGCCGACUCUCACAAUUCCGCCAACGAAGGCUCGGUCAAGUCACUUAACCUUCCAGAACCUGGCGAAAUUGUCAUCAAAUCCGAAAGAGACAGCUAUUCUGCCAGAGGCUCCAUGGAUCGAGAUAUGGAUCAUCCAGAUGAUGCAAGGGACACUGUCAUGGGAGGAACCGAUAAUCAUGGGUACCAGGAGCGUCGGAACCCUCCACGGCGAGAAGAGAAGUUUGACACAGCCGACAAAGACGACAGCGAUGAGGGCUUAGUGGACGAGGACGAGGAAGAGACGAAGGAACCGCCCAAGCCUACAAAGCCUACAAAGCCUACAAAGGAACCCUCGGCGCCAGUCUCCGAACAGACUUCCGAAUCCGACGAUGACGAAGAUUACGGAGAAUAUUUCGCCAUGGAAAUCGCAAAGGAAGAGGCCGAGUUGCAGAAAUUACAGGACGCGGCCGACAGUACUCCGGACAAAAUUGUUGCUCGCUACGCCGCGGUCUCGCACGAAGCAUUAGUAGCGCUUGUCACUGAGCCAGAGGGUCUUGUGGACAUGCUUGGGCCGAUCCCCGACGUUAUCGAACCUCCGAAAGAAGCUACCCCGAUUCAGUCACCGGUUGUGGAGCAGCGCGAAAAGACGCCUAAGAUCUUGAGCCCUGUUCCGCAAGCCAAAUCAUCACCAAAGGAGCCUACUGUGGUACCCGAGCCAGUCUCAGUUGCUGUAUUCGCGCCGAAGUCGGAGGAGCCCGAGGUUGAGAAGAAGCCCGAAGAGCCUCUCAUCGAAAAGGAGACAGACAAGGAACCUGAGAAGGAAGCGGCGAAAGAAGCGGCGGUGACAGCGCCUAAAGUGACUGAGCAAGAACCCGAGAAGGAGCCAGAUCCAGAACCAGUCGUUGAGAAGCCCGCUGAAAAGCCCGCCGAUAAGCCCGCCGAUAAGCCCCUGGAGCCAGUCGCUGAGAAAGUUGUCAACGAUGCCGAGAAAGCCACAGACGGUUCCGCUGAGGACAAAUCUGAGAAGCCUGCCGCAAAACUGGCUGAACCUGUUGUCGAAAUGGCUCAAGAAGCGCCCAUGGCCCCCGCCUCGGAUGAGCCGCAGCCCAAGACAGAGGAAAUGGAUAUCGACGAGCCUGCCUCGGUUCUAUUGGCACCCUCUCUCCCUCAGUCAUCCGAGCCAGCAAAGGAUGUGGAUGUUGCCAUGGAAGACGCGUUUGAGCCCGAGAAAGCACCAUUGGAGCCGGUGGUCGAACGCGAAGAACCCAGGGAGCCGGUCAUGAACGGCCAACACCUGCUGCUCCAGCCGUCGAGUGUGCCGAUGGAAACGAUUGAAGGCGACAAGGGCCUGCCCAGCACGCCCUCUCAGAUGGAUGAUGACGACGACAACUCCACGGAAUCUGAGGACCCCGACGUGAUGCUCAUCGAUAAGAUCCGACAGUUCUCCACGACGCCCCCUCUCGACAGUUUACCCGACUACAGCUGCCGCCCUUGGAGCCGGGAUCGGGAUUUCUUACAGUCUCUCGAGUCGGAUUCAAUGGUCGACGACUUCAUUCUGCAGCAGCUUGACAAGAUCUCUCUGGAGAAGAUGGCCGAACAAGGGGAGGCUCGCAAGGACUACGCCGAGAACUACAUCAAGUACCUCGAUUUUACAGUCUCGAGCGACCCGAUCGCGGUCAAAAGCCGAGAAACUUUUAUCAGCUGUUUGCCGACACCCGAGAAACAUAUUCCUAUCCCCCCUCCCCCGGAACUAAAACCAGAAGGUAGGGGAGCUGGCAGAAGGUAUGCGAGCGAACGAGACCUAGAGAGAGUUUUGCAAGCAUCCAUGAGGGAAGACGAAGAACGGAAAGAGAGGGAACAACGCGCCAUGCAAGAGAAGUAUCGCAGUGAGAAAGAAGCCGUCAUUCCCGAGAUGUACUGGAGGCAGGAGGAUCGGGACAACGAAUUUUUCAAGGACACCACCGGCUUCACGCCUGUGGAGAAGCUUGUGCCUGCCUGGCAGAUCAUGCCGCCAAUCAACAACUUCACCCCCGAAGAAGCAGACCUUUUCGAGAAGAGAUAUCUCACAAACCCGAAGCAAUGGGGUGUCGUCGCUGAGAACGUACCUAAGCGCAACUUUGGUACAUGUAUUCAGUACUACUAUCUGAUGAAGAAGGAUCUCAACCUCAAGGAGAAGCUUAGAAAGCAACCCAAGCGUAGAAAGAAGGGCAGAGGUAAGACCCGCUCAAGCGCGCUUGUCUCGGAGCUGGGCAACGCCGAAAACGAGGGAGAGGAGAACCAAGAGAACGGCGAAAACGGAGAACGGAGACGUCCACGUCGUGCUGCGGCUCCGACAUGGGGCUUCGAGCAACCGCCUACGGAUUCCGACAAUGCCACGCCAGCCGGCACGCCUGGCCGUCGGGGUGCCAAGGCUGAUCCCGAAAAGGUCGACGGUAGGAAGCGUGGACGGAGGGCAGCCAAGGAUAAGGAACCGAAGGCGCCCAAAUCACAGCAGACUCUUGCAGCAGCACCCACACCCGCUACAGGCAAAGGAAGGUCUCGCUCGAACUCUAGAGUUCAGAACACUGAGUUCCAGCCGCCUCCGCCUGUGCCUAUGGAGAAUCGUCUGCCCUCGCAAUUCGAGGUUCCGGUUACCGGCGUUCAGCCUCCUCUGAUUCCAAGUCAGCAACAACAACAACAACAACAACAACAACAACCCGCCCUGGUUGUCCAGGAGCGCCCUGUUCCCAUCACCCCUUCACCGAUAUCCGAAGUCAUGGCGCCUCCAUCACUACGGCCCGAGCCACCACCACCUCCCGCGCAACCGACCGUCGCGACUUUCGAUAUUGCUCAGCCACAACCCGAGCGUCGUGCCCCCAGUCAGGCGUCUAGCUACUGGAGUGUGUCUGAAGCAAAUGAUUUCCCUGGGCUACUCAAGUCGUUUGGUACUGACUGGGUAGCAAUUGCGGGCCAUAUGGGUUCGAAGACAGCUGUCAUGGUCAAGAACUACUUCGUCAGACAGAGAGACCAGGGCAAGACUGAGUGGGAGCAAUUCGCUGCCGAGGCUGACGCGAAACGAAGCAGAGGUGAGAAGCUACCGGAUCCACCACCGCCCACUGUCGGUGGACGCAAGAAAUACGAUUCCACGCCUGGGGCUUCGUCACAUCGGCCCCUUGCUUCCGCGCCUGCCACUCCCGCCCCGACGACUGCAUCCGAACCGCCGAGCGAACCUCCUGUGACAAAGGUCGAGCCCCCCGUCCAACAACCUGGAGCACCACCCUUUGGUCGCUUUGCGAUGCCGAUCACCCCGGCACCACCGACGCCGGCAGCGCAACAGCAGCAGCAGCAGCAGCAACCGCAACCGCAACCGCAACCGCCGCAGCCCCUUGCUCAAGCUCCCCCCCCUGCCGUGGUUGCCACCCAGGCCCCUCCCCAAGCUCCUCAACAGGCGCCAGUGCCUGCUCAGCAACAACCAGCCGCCCAGCCAGUAUCACAAUCAGGGUCGCCUGUUGCUCGUCCACCCCGAGCACCUCCUCAGCAGGUCUUUGGCUUCCAGGAGAGGGAACGAGAGUCGACCCAACCCCCUCAACCGGUCAGGAUCUCACAAAAGCCUCCUGCAGCCCCAGUUACCGAGCCCACUCAGCAGCGGCCUUUGGCUGCCGCACAACCUGUGCAGUCUGUGCAGCCUGACCCGUUGGUCGACCGACAGCAGGCCGAGAGGCGACGCGAGAUGGAGAGACAAGCCAUUGAGCAGCAGCAACAAAUUGAGAGACAGCAGUUGGAGAGACAACAGCUUGAGCGCCAGCGCAUAGAGCAACAGCAGGUCGAGCGGCAGCAACUGGAAAGGCAGCAAAUUGAGAGACAACAAAUCGAGAGGCAACAAAUGGAGCGUCAACAGAUUGAGAGGCAGCAGAUCGAGCGUCAGCAGAUUGAGCGCCAGCGCAUUGAGCAACAACAGUUUGAGCGCCAACAGCUCGAGAGAGAAGCUAUCGAAAGGCAGCAGAUCGAGCGACAACAAAUCGAGAGGCAGCAGAUUGAACGCCAGCAAGCUGAGCGACAACAGAUGGAGAGGCAACAGAUGGAAAGACAGAAGAUCGAGGCACAAGCCAAGGAACACCUACGCCCGACCGAACGCACUCGCCUCAAGCAGGAGCCUGAGAUGACACCGCCGCAGCAUCAUUACGAGCCAUUCUCUUAUGGUCAGCAACCAGUGCGGAACGUGCCGCCUCCUCGAUCUGAACCACCUGUGGCAAGACAGCCUGCCGAGCCGCCGCGGGCAACGGCUACCCCAGUUCCGCAAGGCUACGGCCAGCCUAUGCCUCAGCCAGGUGGACGACUCUUGGGUGAUCCUCAGCCAUCUGUCUCAACACCCCCUGGCCAGAGGCCCAUUGCAGCUCAACGACCUAUGCCCGCCCACAUGGACUCAUAUGGCACUCCUCCUCAGCAGCAACAGCCGCCGCCAGCAGCCGCCGCGCCCCCGCCUCGCUCGUCAGCUUCGGAGAACCGGAGAUCCAACAUCAUGUCGUUGCUCAACGAUGACCCACCAGCAGCCGCCGCUGCUGCCGCUCCUACACCCCCGCCUCAACCCAAGCGUGUUAAUGACAUGGCUCAAAUCAAGCCGUCCCCGACGCCGCCACCACAAAGCAUGUCUAGAGGACCUGUUGCCGCGCCGGCGCCGACUCCCCUACGGCCAGAGCGGGAGCCUCCUCAGGCGGCCUAUCCCUAUGGCCGGAAUGCUCCCUCAGCGUCUGCGAUGCCUCCUCUGAAGCCGACUUACACCGCCUCGCCCCAAUCGCAGCACAUGAGCGCCCCGAGGUCAGCCAUUGCAUCUCCUCACGAUGCGGCGCAAGCCGUCGAACGGGACUACUACCGCCACCAGUAUCACCAGCCUCCAGCGACGAACUCUCCUCAGGUAGCGCAGCCUUAUCCGCCGCAGCCCCAGUCUCGUGAUCCUCGCGAUCCGCGUGACCCCAGGGACCCAAGAGAUCCUUAUCAGCCUCAGACUGCAUACCCUGCGUAUGGUGCACCUGCUUCCCACGCUGGCUCGCCACCGCCUCAGUAUGCCGUGCAUCAGUCGGCCUCCAGACGCGAAACGCUCCCUCCGCAAGGCAGGGAAUCGGCAUGGCCUCCUGCGCCCCAGGGACACGCCAUGGGCCAGCCGCAACCGCCACAGCAACAGUCUUCUUGGCCACAGGCGUCACAUGCGCAGCCGGCUAAGCAGCCUCAGCAGGCACCUCCUCCUCAGAAUUGGGCCUCUCCGCAUAUGUCGGCGCAAAAGGCACCUCCUGCGGGCUCGGCCAUGCCGCAACAAUCAUGGGCUUCCGGACCGCCUCAACAGCAACAACAGCCGCCGCCGGGACACCACAUGUCGAUGCGAGACGAGAGAGGCUCGGCCAUGUAUGGUCAGAUCCCACCUCAGCACCAGCACCCAAUGCAAGGGCGCUACCCACCCGUCUCAAGGGCACCAGAGCAGAUGCCACCUCAAGGUCAGCAGGCGUAUCCGCCGCGGUACGCAUCAACGCCCGCGCCUAGAGAUCCCCGGGACCAGAUGCCACCCCGGAGCUACACGCCCGUAGGAUACGAUUCUCGUGGCCCGCCUCCGGGGCCUUACCCUCCGGAUCCUAGAGAGAUGCAGAUGCGUGAGAUGAGCCGCGACCCCCGAGAUCCCAGAGAUCCUCGGGAGAUACAACACCAGGAGAUGCUCCAGCGCGGUCAACUGCGCCCACAGGAUGGCUACGGGAGACAACCUGAUCGAUACGGCCGAUAG